GCAAGUGCCCCUGGAACGCUGGCAACACCCCAGUCCGGAAGCAGAAGGGGGGAACGCACACACACAAUUACACACACACACAGCCUGGAACCCGGGUGUGCAGCUGCCAGGGAGAGAGGAAGGCAACGCAACCCUGACCCACAACAGACCACGUUGGGUCAGCUGGGGGCCAUGUCAGAGGGGGACCGGCCAACAAGCAGCCUAAGUCAAGCCAGCAGCACUGCCACCAUCUCUUCCGUCUCAAUGGGAGCCAAGCGAAACACAGCCCGGACAGUCCAGAAGGUACACACUUUUGGAAAAAGGGCAAACUCCAUCAAGAGAGAUCCCAACUCACCUGUUAUCAUGCGUGGGUGGCUUUACAAACAGGACAGUUCAGGACUUAAACUAUGGAAACGGCGUUGGUUUGUCCUUUCCAAUUACUGUCUUUUCUAUUAUCGAGACAGUCGUGAAGAGAUGGUUUUGGGCAGCAUCCCUCUCCCUAGUUAUGAGAUCCGGACAGCGUUCUCCAAAGAGAAGAAGAACCGGCGCUUUGUGUUCAAGGCUGAACAUCCUGGCAUGAGAACAUAUUACUUCAGUGCGGAAACCCAGUUGGACAUGAACAGUUGGAUCAGAGCAAUGAACCAGGCAGCGACGGCUGAGUGUGACUGUGGAAACUACACCCGGGGUCUCCAAAGCCAGUCUGUGUCCACUCAUACCAGCUUAGAGGAUGUCAGGGAUGUGCCAGAUGACUAUGCCAAAAGCGCAGAAUCGCUGGAAAUUGCCCGUCUCUCUGAGAAACAGGAGGACGAGGCCUCAUUAUCUGAGAGCCUCCACCAGCAAGAUAGUCAAAGGGGUUCCCCUCCCCCCAGGAGGAUUUCUUUAUCCAGUUCUGUCAACGGGAUCUACUAUAACGAAAGGAUAGAGCAGCCAGAUUUAAGCUCCCUGUCUUCCCAGACGCACGGCUGUCCCUCUCCCAUUUCUUGUACAAAAUUCAUCUCCGGGCCCCGAUCCCCAGCCCCUCCUCCCUCUGAGAGCUCACCCCCUUCCUCUCCUUCUCGGACCUCUCAGACUUCCCCUAUGCUUUCCAUCCGCUCUUCUCGCUCCUACUCCCUUCCCUUGACCCCAGCUGAGUCCCCACGUAUACCCGAGGCUCACCUGUCACCCAAUCAUGUUCACCGGAAACCUCCACGGACAGCUGCAGCACAGGCAGCCUCGUGCGAAGACCUAUCCUCUCGGGCUUCUCCACGGACUGUUAUUGUACGUCCCAACACUCCAAUGGGAAGGGUUGACAUCGCCCCCAGUGAAACCCCUCCGAGUAACCCCUACGCCAUACUGGCACCUGGCACCAGGGGCCGCUCCCUGACGCCUGCUGACCGCUAUGAUGUCCACCCGUCCUCUGAAGAACCUUAUGGCAGGCGCUAUGCUCGGAGCCCUCACCCUAUCAGAGCUCGACCUAUGGGUGAGGAUAGCCUCAUGGCCACACUGGGGAGGCCACAACAGAACAGAUUUCCAGAUCGAGCUUAUAUUUCUCCAUCUACUGGACCAACCCGAGCUUUGGUGAUGAAUCGACUUCAUGGUCGACUAAUCACCCCCCACUCAGCCUCCUCAAGCUACCUGCACCUACCACCCUUGCCCCCUACACCUAACCGAUCCACCCCUGGGAAAAGGACAUCUUUAGGGAAUAUGAAUCGGACUCCUGUGCGGGAAAGGAAUGUCCACCCUGUCAGCGGGCAGCGUUUUGAGACUAAUACGGAUGUGCUAUUGACAAAACUGUGUGGCCAAGACAAACUUCUCCGUGGUUUUGAAGAUGAAAUUGGGCAGCUCCAGGCUGAAAAGGAACGUCUGGAAAAGGCUUUGGAGGUGACACGUUUGAGGCUGGAGGAAUGUAAAGGUCAAGACGCCACGAUGGAGAAAAUUGGCUUCCAGCAAAGACAGCUGCAAGAUGAACUGGUGCAAAUCCGAGCUCGUCUCUGCGACCUGGCGCUGGACAGUGAACGAGCCUGGGAGGAUUAUACUGCCCUCGAAUCCGAACUGCAAAUGCUGAAGGGCUCCUUAGAACAUAUCCGGAGUGUAGGGCAUCCCCAGGACCAAACCGCUGCUCAGCAAGAUCUGUGGCGGAUCCAUGACAUCCUGGCAGGAUUGAGAUGCAGUACAGUAAACUAUCACAACCUGGAAAACAGACGAUCAGACGUGUCUUCAGUCAUGAUACCAGCCCUGGAUUCUCACCUGGGAACAAAUCACAAUGGAACAGAGAAGGAAUCUGAAACGGCCAUUCCACCCAAAUCCAACCUCACCUUCCACGAAUUCACAUCCAGCCAUGUCUUAGUCUCAGGGGACUCAGCCCGAGUUGUUCGCCAGUCAGAAAACAGGCAGCAGGAUGCUUUCAGUGGAAGAGAUCUGCCUAGGAGCCCACCUACCUCUAGCAGGAAGCAGCGAGAGAAUAUGUCACGCUGUUUGGAGGGGAUUCGAAGGUCCCAAAACUCUGGUGACCCCCCAGAAUCGGAGAAAGGACAUGCCAUGAGGGGAACAGAUGCAGCUUGCCUAGGUCAUGGCAAUCACAUUAAUCAUCUAAGCAAAGAUGUUGAGCCCAGCAUCGCAAAGGUGGCUCCCUCGGAAGCGAGUGCCCCUCGCAGUGGUCGCAUGAGCGCUCAGGAACAGCUGAUCAGGAUGCAGAGGAAUCAGGAGGCCAAAAGAAAAGCAGAAGCUGCCCAGUCCAACCCUCCGGGUCCCUGCCGAGAGUCUCUCAAACGUGGGUCUAGCCGGCCCCUCCCCAAUAGCCCCCCAGAGCCAUCACCCAAGGAGAGCAUGCAAACUGGGGGACUCAAGCCUUCUCGAUCCUCCCCAACCCCUGAGUGGGAAAGACAACGAGUCAUCCAGCUUUCCUAUGCACUGGCAGCAGAGGCUUCGCAACAGCGGGAGAAACGCAUUGCAGGAAGCACCAGUUCUCACUCCUCUCUUGAUGACAUCUCUGCAUCCCGUGAUAACUUGAGCCAUCAUCACCUUCCCAGUAAUGCCACCUCCAAAGACUCAGAGUCCAGAAAUAAGAUAUCUGAGCAUGACCAAAGAGCCCCACGAAACCUAAGCUGUACCUCCAGCCCAGCAAAUCAGGCACGAUCUUCAUCUCAAACUGCCAAUCAAAUAUCAUACACUUUGGAAGCAUUUAAUCGCUCAUAUCCUCAUGCUGAGGAAGACAACCAAUUGUCCUCAAAGCCCAAGACUCCGCAGUUGACACCUGGUUUGCUAGAAUCAAACAAUGAGAAGCCAUCUACGAUUCACAUUCCUCACCGGGGAUCUCCUUUGCCUCAGUCUGCCAAUGGGAAGUUGUCUUUUUCUAGGGGUUCUCCUCCACCAUGGGAUUGUGAGGUGUGGGCAUCUGAGCAAAAUCUUCUUGGUAGUCAGGGCCCAGCCCAUGGCAGGCGUCUCAGGUCAAAAGGUAAGCAGAAGUCCCCCCAAGUUGCGAGGUAUGUUGGAGAUAUUGCACGGCCUGUCAAAGUCACAUUGGCAAAAUCCAGUUUUUAAGUCAUAUUGGUAGAGAAGGCAGGGUCCUGCAGUGUGGUGAAGGGCCACAGACUUGACAGUCCCAAAAUUGGCAGCUCC